AUGGCUUCUCAUUCACCGCUUCCCACCUCUGAGCUGCAGGACAUUGCUCAAACCGCCUGCGAACAAGCGAUUGGGUCCGCAGCGUCAUACGACCACAGCAAAGUCGGAGAGUGGAACAGCGAGAUCAUUCAAUACAUCCUCAAGACGCUCAUCAGCAAAACCACACCCAGCGACUCAUCCAGCCCAGACGCGCCCUCGCAACCCGCCUACAAAUACAUUGCCAACAGCACCGUCAUCCAACACCACGGCUCCACGCCCGCAGACAUCGAGAAGCAGGGCCGCCGCGGCAUGCACAGCGCUGUCGGCGCAUUCUGGAAUAACGAGAAAGACGGAACCUACACGUACAAGUGGGAGGCUGCCGACAGCAAGGGCAUGGACAUUGUCAUCACCAUUACCUGGAUUGCCAUCUAG